ACGAACCAGUGGUUCCGUCUUAGUUGACUUUAGUAUGUCGUUCGAUCAAACAUAUUCAGACCGAUUCGAUACAAGUAGCACAAUUUUGUAUUUAUAUUAAUUUAAUUUUCAAUUCGGAUAUCAAAACCAUGUGGUCAUCGGGCGAGCUCUUUUUUCGCAAUUUUGCAGAGCUAAAAAACUUUCAAUACGACGACGAGAAGGUAUCCACAAUAACAUCCAGGGAGCAAAUUAAAACUGAGGAUUCCGUUGAAAAAUGUUACGAUCGAUUUGUACAGACACAGUUCGUAAAUCCGCGGGCAACGCAGCUAAAUCGCAUGCAACACCAACAAUAUUUGGAUUUGAUGCUUGGUAAACUGCCAUCCAAUUAUGAAUGCUUGGACAGCAGUCGCCCCUGGUGUAUCUACUGGAUACUACAGUCGGCGCAAUUGUUGAACUUCAACUUUGACGAACAGACUCUGGACAAUGUUGUGCAAUUUCUCAACAAAUGUCGUACACCUACUGGCGGCUUUGGCGGCGGACCAGGUCAAUAUGCGCACCUGGCACCAACCUAUGCUGCGGUUAACAGCUUAUGCAUCAUUGGCACACAGAGCGCAUAUCGCGCCAUCGAUCGAGAAUCACUUAUUAAGUUUCUAUUCAGCGUGCGCGAUGACGAUGGCUCCUUUCGCCUGCACGUAGACGGUGAGACGGACGUGCGAGGCGCCUACUGUGCAAUCUCUUGUGCCAAGCUUACCAAUGUGCCUGAGCCGGUGUUGAAUGAACUGUUCAAGGGCACCGCCGACUGGAUUGCUAGCUGUCAAACCUACGAGGGUGGCUUUGGUGGAGCGCCCGACUUGGAAGCACAUGGCGGGUACACUUUUUGUGGCAUUGCCAGUCUGGCAUUGCUCAAUCAGGCUGACAAAUGCGAUAAGAAAGCUCUCCUGCAGUGGACACUGCGUCGUCAAAUGAUUUAUGAGGGUGGUUUUCAAGGACGCACCAAUAAACUAGUAGAUGGUUGCUACUCUUUUUGGGUAGGGGCCACCAUUCCUAUAACGCAGGCCACAAUGAUAGGAGCUGAAAAAUCCAUGGAGAAGACACUUUUUGAUGUCGAAGCGCUGCAAGAAUAUAUAUUGCUGUGUUGCCAGAAAGCAAAUGGCGGCCUGAUUGACAAACCCGGCAAACCGCAAGAUCUAUAUCACACCUGUUACACGCUGAGUGGCGUUUCUAUUGCACAGCAUUCGGAGUCUGCGAUGCAUCCACAAGUGCUUGGUGAUCUUCGGAACGAACUUCUACCCACACAUCCAUUGUUUAACAUACCACCGAAAGUAGUUGCAGCAGCUUUAAACUAUUUUUCAAAUAAUUCCAACAAGGAUACUGGUUGCAACGUUAGUACCUAGCGAUCGGGGGAUUAAGACAUUUGGAGUGUUGAAUUUUGUACAUACACGCUGAUGUUUAGCUGACAAAUUAUUUACUGUUUGUACACGCUAUAAUCAAAAUUUUCUCAUUGAAAAUCGAUAACUUAUUUUCAAAAAUAUCUACAAAAACUAAACUACUUUUCGAUAGUGUUUCUAAUAUUCCCAGGAUGUAUGAAUUUAUGUGGAGCGGAACUUUUAUGCGUGGAGUA